UUUAUUUUAAUUUAAAUUGAACAUGAUAUUAAUUGUUUUUCUUUGCCUGUUAGGAAAUCUGAGGGUAGAAGCAGAAAGAUUCAAGUUGGGAGAUAUUGUUCAGGAAAACACCGAACCCCUCACUGGUGUGUCUAAUCCGAGCUGUACAGGCAGCGGAGCGCUUGUAUUUAGGGGUGAUGCUACCUCUAUAUUUUCUGCAUUCUGUCUGCCUCCGCCAGGAAGAGUAAAGCAAUGUGUCGUCCUCAUCCUCGGUGAAUUUGAGCGGUUCGUUUGUCCACAGAAAGGUUACCUCAAUGGCUUCAUCAAUGAUGGAGGGCAGAGACGGGCUAUCUGUUGUUCUGUGUCUGGAGCUUCUUACAAUGAAAAUGAAUGUGGCGAAUGGUUUCGAACGCGGGAAAAUUUUGCAUCACCUUUCGGUCCAGGUUUUCUAAUCACUGGAACUGACCCAGAGCCAGAUGGAAUGGGAGGUAACCUUGGUUUCUUUAUCAGGGAAUGUCCAUACAGAACAACUUACACAAAGAAGUAUAUGUAUCAAUGACAGGAAAAUGCUAACUAUUGUAUUAUGUAUAAUAAAAGAAAUUGUAUUGGCAACAAUGUA